GUGCCUGUCAAUGCCGCAGGAGGUCUGUGGGAGAUCUGAUCAGCUGGAGCCCGAGUCCUGAUCCUCAGGGUGGGAGUAGCAGGAGAGGAGUCUCGGGGGGUGACAGCUCAAGGGCAAGCAAGCCUGCAGCAUCUGAUCGCUGGGGGGGCAUUACACAGCUUGUAACCCCCCAACCCCCACCCUGCAUUUCCGAGGAAAUUGCCUAGUUUGGCUUUCCUAAGCUAAAGCUGAUCGGAGCCCUCUUGCCCUGAUAUCCAGCAAAAUGCCCCUGGCCCGUAGCCUGUCAGUCACGUCCCUCACUGGUUUGGAGGACUGGGACGAUGAUCUGAACCUGGAGAACACAGUGCUGUUUGAGGUGGCCUGGGAAGUGGCCAAUAAAGUUGGAGGUAUCUAUACGGUUAUCCAGACAAAAGCAAAGAUCACUACAGAUGAAUGGGGAGAAAACUACUUCCUAAUCGGGCCCUACUUUGAGCACAAUGUGAGAACUCAGGUUGAGUUGAUUGAGCCUUCAAAUCCAGCUCUCAAGCGUACUCUGGACUCUAUGAACUCCAAGGGAUGCAAGGUGUAUUUUGGCCGCUGGCUCAUAGAAGGAAGCCCCUAUGUAAUCCUGAUUGAUAUUGCGGCCACGGCUUGGAGUCUUGACCGUUGGAAGACCGAGCUGUGGGACAGCUGUGCCAUUGGAAUCCCAUGGUAUGACCGUGAAGCCAAUGAUGCGGUUCUUUUUGGCUUUCUUACCGCCUGGCUCCUUGGGGAGUUUGCUGCCCAGUGCGAAGACGAGAAGCCAUUUAUCAUCGCCCACUUCCACGAGUGGCUUGCCGGCGUGGGCCUAUGCCUGUGCCGAAUCCGCAAGCUCCCGGUAGCCACUAUAUUUACGACCCACGCGACUCUCUUGGGGCGCUAUCUGUGUGCUGGGAGCGUGGACUUCUACAACAAUCUACAAACGUUUAACGUUGACAAGGAAGCCGGAGAUCGCCAGAUCUAUCAUCGUUACUGUAUGGAGAGGGCAGCCGUCCAGUGCACCCACGUUUUCACCACGGUGUCUCAAAUCACCGCCAUAGAAGCAGAGCAUCUAUUAAAACGCAAGCCUGAUGUAGUCACCCCGAACGGUUUGAAUGUAAAGAAAUUUUCCGCCAUGCACGAGUUUCAAAACUUGCACGCCCAGAGCAAAAACCGCAUUCAGGAGUUUAUACGAGGCCACUUCUACGGGCAUCUGGAUUUUAAUUUAGAUAAGACCCUGUUUUUCUUCAUUGCUGGACGCUAUGAGUUCUCAAACAAAGGAGCUGACAUAUUCCUGGAGGCCUUAGCCAGGCUCAACUACCUUCUGAGAGUUAAUCAGAGCGAUCUCACCGUAGUCACGUUUUUCAUCAUGCCGGCACGGACCAAUAACUUUAAUGUGGAAACUCUGAAAGGUCAAGCCGUCCGGAAACAGCUAUGGGACACGGCUAACGCAGUAAAGGAGAAAUUCGGGAAAAAGCUGUAUGAAUCAUUACUAGUGGGCAACCUACCAGAUAUGAAUAAGAUGCUUGAUAAGGAAGAUUUUACGAUGAUGAAGAGAGCCAUCUUCGCCACGCAGAGGCAUUCAUUCCCUCCCAUUUGCACCCACAACAUGCUUGAUGACUCCACGGACGCUAUUCUGAACACCAUUCGGAGAAUUGGACUCUUCAACAGCAGCGCUGACCGGGUGAAGGUCAUUUUCCAUCCAGAGUUUCUCUCCUCUACCAGCCCGCUUCUACCAGUGGAUUAUGAGGAGUUUGUACGAGGAUGUCAUUUGGGGGUCUUCCCAUCUUAUUAUGAACCCUGGGGGUACACACCUGCUGAAUGCACGGUUAUGGGGAUCCCAAGCAUUUCCACCAACCUGUCCGGAUUUGGAUGUUUUAUGGAAGAACACAUUGCAGACCCUUCCGCAUACGGUAUCUAUAUCUUAGACCGGCGCUUCCGUUCGGUGGAUGACUCCUGCACCCAACUCACGUCCUUCCUCUACAGCUUCUGCCAGCAAACCCGGAGGCAGCGCAUCAUCCAGAGGAACCGCACAGAGCGUCUCUCCGACCUGCUAGACUGGAAGUACCUGGGACGCUAUUACAUGUAUGCCCGGCACAUGGCUUUAGCGAAGGCAUUCCCUGACAAUUUCACUUAUGAGCCUCACGAACCCACAGCAGCACAGGGCUUCCGCUACCCACGGCCAGCGUCUGUGCCACCUUCUCCAUCCCUGUCCCGGCACUCCAGCCCCCACCACAGCGAAACGGAAGAUGACGAGCGAUACGAUGAGGAGGAAGAGGCUGAGAAAGACCGGCAAAACAUCAAGCCCCCCGCCGUUGCAGCAACCGGCCCGGCGCCCGAGUGGCGCAAGCGGUCCAAGAAAGGUUCUGUCGACGCGGGGAACUCCAGCAAUGCCAGCAACGCCAGCACUCCCACCAACCCUAGUAGCCCAAGUGACCUCAGCAGCCCCACGAGCUCACUCAUAGAAGAGAGGAACUAGAUAUUCCAUUCUUUGUUUUUGCAAAGACGGAGAUUACUGGUUGUUACCACAAAAAAAAAGGGAAAACAUCAUAAAAAUGAACUGUUCCAUGUAUUGUUAGCUCUUGACUUAGGUUCAUAUAAAUAAUCACUCUUCAUUCAUCAUGACGCCAGUGUUUCACUCCUGAUUGUUUUAAUAUUCGCUAAUCAGUAGGUCUUGCAGUUAACUGUAGGUCGCCCUGAAGGAAAACCGAAUCCGGGCUGCCCUUAUUUCAUUACGGUUUAUCCUUGGAGACGAACAAGACAAAAAAAAAAGAGGUUACUUCUCUUUUUCAGUGUCCCAUUUCUUCAUCCAAGCAAUGGUUAUUUUAAUACCUAGGAUUAUUGUAUUAUUGCAGAAUAGUGUGUUUAAAAAGGCCGUCAACCUUGUGGUGUUGUAGAUCAUAUUGGGCAUAUAAAGAAAAUAUCUCUAUAAUAUAUUUGCCAACUAGAAUAUUUUUAACAUCCAACCCUACAUUGAAACAUAUUUAAAUACAAUGGAGAUGAUCAAAAGCGUAGGUAAUUCCCAGGGACAAUGCCAUAUUUUUCCUCUAUACCAUACACCUCAUCCAGCUGCUCCAUAAAGUCUUCCGUAAACACAACCUUUUACAGUUAUUUGAUAGAAUUGAGUCCACCUGUUGGCUCUUCAGGUCACCGAGACAUGAUCUUGCGCUGAGCAGGUCUUCGUUAUUGGAGACGGGUGGUUCUAGAAUGGUGGAAUUUCACUGAUGAUGAUGAUGAUCUCAAAGCCAAGGUUGCUCCAGAAUUCCAAGACUUGACCUCGCUGUUGGAAUCGUUCAGAAAUGAAGUUCUUUACAGAACAACUGGCUUCAACAACUGUAACGUUUUCCCUGGUUUACAGUACCUCAAAUUUAUUAAGCUCUGUGAAUGGCGCUCUUACGUUUUAUCAACAUGGUGUGGGUUUGACUGAAGAAACAAAAAAGAUGGAGAAGAAUUCUUCAAGAAAAGCAACUUUAAUAUUUAAAAAAUAAAA